AUGGAUCAAGAAAUCGCCUCAGCAAUUCACAAGCGAACAACGAUCAAACCAAUGGGAAGAGCUGGCGAUGUUAACUUGAUGGUCAAAGGGAAGAUUGAUUCGAAGUACCACACUGUGAUGUUUAUUAGAGGCGAAGGAAGAUUCCUUCUUCGGGUCCGAGGGAGCUCACGCCAGCCAUGGUUCGCUCCAUUAAAGAGGCUGAUAAGCCAACAAAGAGGGGAAAGAGAAUCGAAACCCAGAAGGAGGGGAAUUUCGCUAAACCAACCAAGGUUCAAACCCCCAAGAAGCAAAAAUCAGACAAGGCUGCUCCUUCACAGCCUAAGCAGAAGCAACAGAAGAAGCCCGCUCGGAGACUCAUACUCCAAUCUUCAAGCGAUUCAGACUCAGACUAUGUUCCUACCAAACAAAAAUGCUCCUCCUUCAGAAUCUGACAGCGAAAGCUCUGACGAUGAGGCUUUGGGUCGUGGAGAUACCCCACCUCGCUCGCCUACCCCAGAGAUACCAGUUCGCUCCCAACUUCCUUCACCUCCACCUGUUUCUGUACCAAUAUCCAUCCAUCCAGUUUUUCCCAUCCCCACCUCCCUACCAUCAACCUCUAUUCUCAUCCCUGAUCCAAUCUUCACAGGCACUACCACUACCACCACUACUACAGGGGCUCAUUCCACAGCACCUACCCCACCUGUUACAACCGAACCACCAGUAACAACAAAACCUCCUACCACUACCACACCCUUAUCACCUACCCCAUCCACUGACACCACCCCAAUUUUAGGCGGUGAGGACUUGGAAUUUGAUUCCACUUAUUUCAGUCCUUACCGUGCGGCUGCUCAGAAGAACUCUCAAACUGUGAACGCUUCGGUUGAUAACCGUCAGCGUUCUCUUCAAGCUGAACGGUCCAAUCUUGAAACUGUACGACAAGCAAUCGAAGUUGCCAAUGCCACUCUACAUGAUAAUGUCAAUGACCGAUUGACUCAACUGGAGGCAGAGCUGGCUGUGGAAAAUCGUAUCAUGGAUGAGCUCGACAAAAGAACCUCUCAGCUAAAGAUGCAGAACCUCAAGCUUCACACUGCCACAGCUGAGCUCAAUGAUUUGAAAUCUGAGAGGGAGGUUAAUGAAGCUUUGGUCAGUAAUAGAGACAAGAAGAAGAAGAAAAUUGGGGAGGAUGACACUAAUAAUGAAGAAGAUGUUUAUGAAAAGGAUCCUACUAAGCCUUUUCAGAAAACAAAAUCUUUUGAUAAAGAGCUUGAAGAAAAGGUUAAGAAACAAACGGCUAAGCUAGAGCAGAAGCAAAAGGAAAUGGAGCUCCUGGAAAAGAAGAAGUCCGUUUUUCCUGAGUGGACUCUUGAUUGGCUCCAAAGGUGUGCUAUUGACGAACCAAGUACACUUUGGCUUAAGCCUGUGAUGUCGUUCGGGCUUGAAAACUCCAAGGAUGCACAGUUUGACAUGCCGAUCACAUGA